CUGUUGCGACAAGAGCUUUGUAAUCUGGUCAUACAGUGUUGUAGUGUGUCACACAAAAAAAUUCAACUUCAUUGAAAACAACAAAUAAUUAACAAAAUAAUAAUCAAUAACAAAGCCAAACACCACUGAGACAUUAAAAAUAACUUAAAUGCCUGCAGUGUAAAUUAAGUUUAACAUCGCACAAGCUCCGAUUAAGAUGAGUUACGAAGACGAUGACUAUCAUGUGGAUACGUUUCCCAAAGAGUAUGGUUAUGGCGCUUUCGAUCAAGAUGGUCUCGAUUCAACGGGUAUGGCUGGCUCCGAUGCGGACUCGAAGCCACGUAUUCUCCUAAUGGGUUUACGACGUUCCGGCAAAAGUUCUAUACAAAAAGUUGUCUUCCAUAAAAUGUCACCCAACGAAACACUGUUCUUGGAGUCGACAAGUAAGAUUGUCAAAGACGACAUAAACAACUCAAGUUUUGUACAAUUUUCCAUUUGGGAUUUUCCGGGACAAAUUGAUUUCAUCGAUCCCACGUUCGAUUCGGAUAUGAUAUUUGGUAAUUGUGGUUCGCUAGUGUUUGUCAUCGAUGCCAAGGAUGAUUACAACGAGGCGUUGACGAAAUUUAAGAAUACUGUCAUUAAAGCGUAUAAAGUUAAUCCGCGUAUUAAAUUUGAGGUGUUCAUACAUAAGGUUGAUGGUAUCAGCGAUGACACAAAAAUGGAGUCCCAACGUGACAUACAUCAACGAGCCUCCGACGAUUUAGCCGAUGCUGGACUGACACAAAUCCAUUUAAGCUUUCACUUGACUUCCAUCUAUGAUCAUUCGAUAUUUGAGGCCUUUUCGAAGGUGGUACAAAAACUAAUACCCCAAUUGCCGACAUUGGAAAAUUUGCUCAACAUUUUUAUAUCGAAUUCCGGCAUAGAAAAGGCAUUUCUAUUCGAUGUGGUGUCAAAAAUAUACAUAGCUACCGAUUGUUCACCGGUCGAUAUGCAAAGUUAUGAAUUAUGUUGUGAUAUGAUUGAUGUUGUUAUCGAUUUAUCGAGUAUAUAUAGCUCCGAAGAGGAAGCUUUCGAUAAUCAAAGUUCUAGUCUCAUCAAAUUGAAUAAUAACACCAUACUCUAUCUGCGCGAAGUCAAUAAAUUCCUGGCCCUGGUGUGUAUAUUGCGAGAGGAGAAUUUCAUACGUCAGGGUGUCAUCGAUUAUAAUUUUAUGUGUUUCCGCGAUGCCAUAAGUGAGGUCUUUGAAUUGCGUAUGAAAUCUCAAAAGUUACCCACCGUCGAUGAACGCCAGGAAUACAUUAUGAACGGUGAUGGGGAUUCCGAUGAUGAGAAUAUUGACGAUGAUGAAGAUUUGGUGAAUAGUAGAACAGGGAAAAUGGUUUAAUUUCGCACACUUGCAUUUUUAAUUGCUGUACGAAAGGAGCAACCUGCGUGGUUUUUGAACAACUUCAAAAAUGUUUUGCUUUCUUCCACAAAACCAAAAAAAAAACUUGUAAUUUUUCUUUAGUUACAUCAGAACACAUUCUUGUGGAAAUUACUAUUCUUUGAUUUUUUUUCGAUUUGUUUGUGUGCCUUUUUUAUUGUUAUUUGUUUGCAUCUACUUCCCCUUCUACUUGAAAUGUGUGUUGUAAAAAUAUAUUUUCUUCGAACAACUUUAUUGUAUUAUCAUAAGAUAACAAAAUUUGAAAAAUAGUUAUUUUCCUUCUUUCCUUAAAAAAAUAUAGUUUUUUAUUUGCCAUAUUUACUCUCUGUUCAAACGAAUGUUUCUAAUGCUGUGUUUAAUUUUUUUUUAAAUUUAAUUAUGUAAUCCAUAA